AUGAGUUUCGACGCGAAUCACACCGCUAAGGACGUUUUUGGGUCCGAUGACCGUCGCGCGGACGCUGCCGACGCGGCACACGGCACGGGCCUCCACAACGCGGAUUUCUCGGACGCCACGCCCAAUAUUCUGUUGGAACAGCUCGCGUACGUCGACAAUUUCAUGCCGGAACUCGACAACUCGCUCCAUGCGUUUGGACCCAUGCUUGACGGCGACGACGGCCAGGGGACGGCCCUUGGCCUCGAUGACCGGCUCGCCGCUGAGCUCAGUGCGUUCGCAGACGAGACGUUUAUUUUCCCGGACGAGGAGAAACCGCACGACGCGGGCCCAAACGACGCCGGCGGCAGCAGCGGCGACCCUAGCGGAGUGCCCGCUACGGGCCCGGAUCGGCCUGCGGCCGAGUCCUGGCCCGAGCUGCAUAACGGGCAAGCGGAUGCGACGACAGAACGGGGCUCCUCUGGCCGGAACUCCCACUAUCUGUCGCGUCACCGCAGCAAUUUUCUCGCGUCGCAAUACGACAAUGCGCGUCAGCGAUUUUCAUCCAAGGACCGUCAGACCCAUACGAGCCACUCGCCCGAGGACGACCAUGGGGGGUUUACGAACGUCGAUAUGGCGGAGCGCGAGUCCCAGCCGUUCUCGCGUCAAGGCCAAAACGGCAAUGUCCCCUACAGCGCGUCUCCGCUCAGCAACCUCAUAGCCGAUUUUUCGCGGCCCGAGGGCGUUUCGCGCCCGUAUUCACUGUCCAACACUCCGGAGUCCAGCCAGAACACGGCUCCAGACCGUGCCUUUGCCGUUUCUUCUCUCUCACAGCCUCCGCAACACGCCCAAAACGACUGGUCCCGGAUUCAGAUGCCAGAGUACUCUUCUAUACCCACAUCCACCAUCUUGGCGUUACUGCCACGCGUGCGUGUGCCGCCGGGCGCGUAUCGGUCUCUGCAAAGCGCGGGUUUCGAGCACGACCAGAUCGAGGCGAUUGCCGCGCUCAUAGCCUAUCACCAAACCCAAAAAGCGCGUCUCAAUGCAUCAGCGGGCAACUCAACUAUUAGUGCUGCCGCUUCUGCCAGUCCCAACGCUCAAGGGCCCGAUUUGGCAAGCUUUUUGUUCCAAUUCAUAAAUCAAGAACACGACUCACCCGGAUCGCAACAGUCGGAACCCGGGCGCGCGUCAAACGCACACGAGCCGCGACAGAAUCAUGCCACUCCCUCUUCAGACUUUCUUAACUCGCUGGUAGAUUUUAAAGGUCCAAAACCUCCCGUGAAUGCGGCUUCCAAAAAACCUGUUGACCCAGACUCUUCCCGUGCGCCAACGGUACCGACGGCAAGUGUCAACGAGGAAAAAUUGAACAAUGUCGAAACGGCACCUGUUGUAAAGCGCUCUGAAUCGCAAACUGAGAUCCGCACCACUUCUGAGGGCCCAGUACCGAAGGCCAACAACAAACGGAAAUUAAAGGAGCGCGAACUCGAAUCGUCUAUUCAGGAAGUGAGCGAACUAGCCGUCAACUUACAGAAACGUAUACACACACUCGAGAUGGAGAAUAGGUUACUCAAAAAUCUGAUCAUGGAAAAGGGUGAACUCACGGGAAUAGAACAAGUCGAGGGAGUCCGUCGCGAAGUCGUUAAAAGCCUUAACACGCCUCAAAGCUCCAAAAGUGCUGUGGUUUGA